AUGUGUCAGUACCUUUUAUUCAGUGUUACACAUUUCCAUAUCACCCAGUUGAUAACGAGUCGUCGCACUAGAAGGUCACACCAGCACAUUAACACAGUAAUGCAUAAACAAUUAUUGUUAUUACUGCUACCUGCGAUUACGCAGGCGGCUUCGCGCAUCGUCGGUGGCACCCGCAUCCCCAUCACCACCGCCCCCUACCAACUCAGUCUCCGCCGCUGGGGCCAACACCUCUGUGGCGCCGCCCUCUUAAGCCCCACCAUCGCCGUAAGCGCCGCCCACUGCUUCUCCGCCCCCGGAGCCUACUCUAUCAAAGCCGGAAUAACCAACCUCCACGAAUUCGGAACCGUCGUCCACGUCAACCUGAGCUUAGUCCACCCGAAGUUCAUGAAAUCCCCCGCCGACUACGACCUCGCAGUUCUGUUUUUAGCCUCCCCUCUACCUCUGUCCGAUAAAAUUAAGCCAGUGGCGUUACCCAAGGAGGGUCCGGAGGGUCAAGUUCGCGGCGGCAUGGUGGGGAGGGUGAGUGGGUGGGGGAAGGCGUCAGCUAGUUCCAAAAAUGUGCGUUCUGAGGAGUUGAGAGCCGUGGAUUUGCCAGUGGUACCACAAUUGAAGUGUAAUGUUACGUACUUGGGGAGGGUUACGGAGAGGAUGUUUUGUGCGGGGUUGGCGCAGGGGGGGAAGGAUUCGUGUACGGGGGAUUCGGGGGGGCCUUUUGUGGUUGAGGGGGUGUUGUAUGGGGUUGUGUCUGGGGGACGGGAGUGCGGAAGGGCUGGGUAUCCGGGGAUUUACACGAAUGUGCAGGUGUUGAGGGGGUAUAUUAGGGAGAAUGCGGGGUUGUGA